AUGAACAUCAGUAAUAGUAGCAUGCCAGAGGCUGUUCGGAACACCCUCUCCCCAAGGGAUUGGGCCACUAGAAUUCAGAUUAAUGGAGUUUUAUCAAAAAAGCCACUGGGUCACCAGUCAAGCAGAUGGACAAAAAGGUUUUUCUUGGUCAAAGAUGGAUUUCUGAUGUACUAUGACGUCAAUGAGAAAAAAGAUUAUGAAAGACGAGAUUAUUUCAACAUUCACCCCAAGGGUGUAGUACCACUGGGGGAGUGCCACUUCAAGCCUUGUAGGGAACCACAGCAGCCAUUUUGUAUUCUGCUUGAGAGCCCAGAGAUUGAUGGAAAAUUGGUUUUGGCAGCAGAGAGUGAGUUUGAAAGGGAUCGGUGGCUGGAGACUCUGGAACAGUCAAGAAGAGUAACAUGGAAAAAUACACAGCUUGGCGAUGAAAUGAUACGAAGGCUACAGAAUGAAGGACUAGAAGCAGCCAUAGAAAAACAAUCCUAUAUAGAUCGGCUGCAGUUGGAAGUGCUGGCUCUUUCUGAAGAAAAAAUAAAAUCUGAGGAGUUGGAGAGGUUAAACCAAGAGUUGGAGGAAGAGAAACAGAAGCUUGCAUCUUUCACUAAAGAAAUUCAAGAAGAAUAUGACCGAAUUAAAGAGGAGUUGAAUGAAACUGUCAAUUUAGUCAAACAAGUUGAGGAAGACAGAAUAGUUCUCUCACAAUCGUUGCAGCAACAAAGGCAGCAUUUAGAGAAUUUAAACAAAGACAAACAAAGAAUUCUUGAGGAGUUACAACAAAGCAUGCAGGAGCAGACGUGUCUGAGCCAGGAGAAGAAGUCCUUGUCUCAGAGAACAGAAGAGCUCCAGCUUCAGUUGCAAGAUAUUGAAAGUCAGACUAGCAGUAUAGAGAGAACACGAAUCUCAGCAGAAAGGAGAUUGAGAGACAACGAAGAAAGACUUGAGCAGCUCGAAGCGGAGAAAACUGCCAUCACAAAUCACGCUCAUGAGCUGGAGUUCACGAUACACGACCUUGUGUCGCAGAAAGAGAUGACUGAAAAAGAGUUGAAGGAAGAAAUUAGGGCGAGAAUCUCGGCGGAGGAAAGAUUGAAAGAAGCUGAGAGGUCUUUGAGGUGUAUUGACAAAGCUGUGAAUUCACAGUCACAUCGAAUUGAAAGUGAGGCUAAAGAAGAAAUGACAGUAAACGUCAAAAAGCUGAAAGACUUCUUUGAAGAUUUAGCAGAGGAAGCAAGAAUUACAUCUGAUAAGCCACUGAUCAUUCGAAAUGGAAUUAUGGCCAGGAAAACUAUUGCUAGGCGAGCGCAGACUUUGAGAUACGAGAACAGGAAGAGGUCAACAAGGGUUCAGUCGUGCGAUGUGACCUCUCUGAGGCCUAAAACAACAACUCGUAGAGUAGCAACAUCAGUGAACCAUGGCACCAGCGAAGACAUGUCUGCAGUUUUUGAAGAGAACUUCUGA